GAUGUGUUUCCUAAAACGUUUGGGGGACACGGUACGAACUAUUUAUAUCAUUGUGCUAUCACUGAAGCUGUGUUCCCCGCAAGAUCUGACGGAAGACUUUAAUGAGAUGGGUAGGAAAGUAGAGAGAUCAGCAGCGCCGUGUAGACUUAGCGAACUCCUCUGCGACACGGGACAAUGUAUUUCUUUGGACAAAUAUUGUAACGGCGAAGACGACUGCGGCGACAAAAGCGACGAGCCCAAGUCUUGCUCUCCCUGCAACAGAACAUACUUCGGCGACGUGGGCCGAACCUACGAGUUGGAAGUGCGAAGACCACGGGAGGACCACCUGCCCUUCCUCUGUGAUCUCAACUUUACCGCGCUGGGAGGAAACUAUGGAGACAUCAUACAGCUAACAUUCGACACGUUCACCGUGGGCAAGUUCGUGUCCUUCACAUCGGACGGCUGCCCCGACGGUCACAUGACCAUCGUGGAGCGGUCACCGUCACCACCGACCGGACAGUGGUGCGGAUCCGCCUGGGGCUACACGGUGUACUUCAGCGAGUCAGACUCCAUCAAUAUGACGCUGAGACUGGAUAGAUUGAGUCAGCAGGGUGUCGGCUACAACUUCGACUUCAAACUCGCGUACAAGUUCCUCCGACGUGCCGAAGCGCGACUUCGCUACGGCAACACCACUGUCGGCGCGUGGCGCGGCGAGCGAGUUGGGGGGAGCUACUGCGACCGCAUAUUGACUGACUGUGACCUGAAAGCCUGCCGCAUACAGUCGCCCAACUUCCCCGGGGUGUACCCUAGAAAUGCGACGUGUACAUACCGCAUAGAACAUACCAAGAUUCCUGCGGAUAAACAUGUGCUGCUGGCCGUGCGACAGACGAACAGCCACAAAAUACAUAUCAAGGAUCAAAUCGUGAAGUACGAUAGGAGCCAGAGAGUUCUCAAAAUCUGGGACCAAUGCAACGUGGUCCAGGACUACCUGACCGUCUGGGACGGGGCUACGCGCGACUCGCCCGUACUCGUCCGGCUGUGUGGCGGGGAUGCUGUCCCUGACAUCGUCAGCAGAGGCCCUCACAUGCUGCUGGAGUUCCACACCUCGCCGUAUGACAACCCCUUCCACCCGGUCCCUUUGAGCUACCUCCCGGGAUUCGAGCUGGAAGUCCAGGUGCUAUACGUGGACAAGGAGUCCCACUCGUACGUGAGCUCGGACGGGCGGUGUCGCUUCGUGCUGCGCUCCGCCGACCGCACGAGCGGCGUGCUGCGCAACCCGCGACACUCGCUGCCCCCUAAUACCUCGUGCGUUUACUACUUUCAGGGUCGUCCGAACGAGAUUGUGUGGGUGUCAUUUGUGAAGUACCACGCGGCAGGCACCGAGCCGGCCGGCUUCGAUCAACAGAAGGACUGCUCCUCCCAACUCACCAUAUGGGACGGAGCCGCACCUGAUGCAGACCUCGACAGGAAGUUGGAGAUGAGCGACUCUAAGUCGCUACUCGGAUCUUUCUGUCGCGAGGAGUCGCCGCGACUGUGCGACCACGCGCUGCUGUCCAACGCGACGCGCGCUACGCGGCCCUGUGCGCCCGCUGAGAGUUACAUCACUACGGGGCCAGCACUUACUAUAUUGCAGGAGCUCCGGCAGGGUUCGGCUUUGUAUCCGGUUUCGUUUCUGCUCCGAUACGAAUUCGUCGACGUCAGCGAGCAGGGGCAGCCUUUGACGACGUCGACGUCGGCGUGCGAUAGAGUUUUUAAAUCGGCACUCACAUACUCCGGAAGAUUUCAAGCGCCCCGAGCGAUCUUUUAUUACGGAAGAGGCGGGGCUCAGAAUCUCACCUGCCUUUUAAGAUUCGAAGCGAAAGCCGGCGAAAGAAUACAGUUGACGUUCACGAACACCUACUUCGGAAAUAAAAUUUGUAGUUCGCAUAAAGAUUUUAGAACCAAUCGCUGGAAAUGCGAUCGACCAGCGAAAAGAACGAUCGGAGGAGAGGGCUUCGCGCAGCUCGUAAUCACAGAGUAUCCGUGGGAUGGAAUUCCGAUACACAGAGAUUGUCUCUGUACAAACAGAUCGGAGCCUUUGAUUAUUCAUACCCUGACGGCACCCGUCGUGGAAAUUAACUUCACUGUGACCAUGAUGAAUAUUACAGAGGACUACGAUGACUUUGCAUUCGAGGGAGAAUACAAAUUCGUCCCGACCGGACCAACCGACGAAACCGUCUGCUCCUCGGGCUGGGGGGAGAGGAGGCUGAGAGCCAGCAGCGGGGAAAUAAGACUUUACGAUAAGAGAGAGGCUUCUAUAGCGCCGGAGAUACUGAACGACCGGAACAUUAUAUCAGAAAGCGUCAAAGCAGAAGUAGCCUGUGUUCAUAGACCAUGGCUCAUCGAGCCCGGAGGGGACGAUGUAACACCAUUGCAAGGAAGAUACUUGUAUCUAAGAAUUCCAGGACGUGAAAUAACCCCAGCUUCGCCGUUUUGUGUAACGCCGAAUCGUUUCUUUUUAUACGAGGCACGAGAUACUAGCAAAUACAAAGAGAUUUGCCCUGACCUCACCAACUCGUUAGAACUAUAUUCGCCCGGCUGGAAAUCAGCGCAAACGUCAUUAGAGUCCUCAUUGAAACCUCACGCCCGCAGCUACGUUAUAGAUUUUCUUCAGCACGAGCAGGCCGAUUAUGCAAUAAAGUGGAUCGAAAUAAUGAAAAAGCCUACUUUAAAUUCAGACAUGGAGUCGAAUAUAAUUCCACCUACAUUCACGCUCGACUGCCGCUACCACUGCCCGGAAUUGAACGCUUGCAUUCCGAUUUCGCUUUGGUGUGAUGGGAGCGCGCACUGUCCAUCGGGAUACGACGAGGACGACUCCAACUGCUCGUUCCGUCUGUCUUUACCCCCACAAUACGUUGCAGUAGUAGCCGGUGUAGGUCUUCUUAUAUGCGCGAUAGCUAUUGCUCUCUGUGCUUGUCGUAAACGCAGGAAAAAGGACAAAGAAUUUAAAGCACGGCUAGACGGCGCUUUGCAACCAGAAGAUAGACCCUACGAUAGAGCUAAAACUAACGGUGUAACUGAGACGGGGCGGCAGUACGCCACUGUCCAGAAGUAUGCCACCAUAGAUAAAUACAGUCUUAGUCAAAAGUAUAGUGCCGGUAUUAACGACGCUAGAUACUAUGACGAAGUAGCUCAAAGGGAUAAACUCGCCGAUACCAGGUACGCUAGCUUAGGUCGAGCAGGUCGAAGCAUUCGCAGUGAAAAUAAUAGGAGUAGCGGUUCCAGACGACCUAUGCCCGAUAUCGGGUAUCCCGACCUGAAGGACGGCUUUUGUUGACCCACCCCGGACCUCAUAGAAACGACGGUAUAACAUAAUUGUUUUUAAUCUUGAUACGAGUUUUUGUACAUUAUAAUGAAGACUGAAAUGGCAGAACUGCCAACGGUAAGUUUGACGCCUCCUAUAAAUCACCGUCAGCUUUUAAUGUAUUGUUGAUAGUAAAAAUGGCUUCACUACUUUUACGAAAGAAUCUUAAAGCUUUAGAUUAAAUAAACGCAAAUCUAUUAAGGAAAACCUUUGAACCGUUGAAAGAGGUUAUUUAGCAUUUUUUCCUCGAGUAGUGAAGCCAACAUUAGCUAAAUUAUUCAUUCUUGACUUACACGUAGGUAAACUUUGAUUGUAUAUAAAAGUCUAAGUGACUCAUCUAAGUGUAAUCGUUGAUACUGCCUUCGUAUAAGAUCUUGUUUUGUAACGUGUAACUAGUAACUAUUAGCGAUUCAUCAAAAUAACAUAUCUGAUUGUAAAUAAAAUGCUUGACAAUACGAUUUAAUAUAUUGAUCCUUUCAAUGCUUCUGAUUUCUCCUACUUAUAUGUUUCAAACACAUACAAUAUCCAUUACGCCAUAUGAUCGCUGUUAAGCAUUAGUGUCCUAACCCACAUUUUUUAUUUGUUGUACCCACAUUGUUGUUAA